UCACAACUAGAUUUCAUACCAAGGCGAAUUGCAGUUGCUUUCCUGUUGAUUUACCGUCGCUGAAAGCGACCGACCAUUAGUCGACGGUCGACCGCCCUAUUUCACGACCGCUUUAUCUGUACAAGCCAUUUCAUCAUGCACGUCACUCGGCGCCCUUGCCAGGCACCUUCUGGAGGCCUCUCGGCAACGAACUCCGUUCGAUUAGCUCAGUGCUACACCAAGCCACACGCAAUUCGCUGCCUAUUACGCCCUCGCCGUAUAGCGUGCUACGCUUCAGUCGGCAGCGAGGGUGACUCCGAAGCUCCUGGUGGGCACAGCGUCACCAACAGGCGGACGCUUUUGGCGGGAGCAGGAGCAGCAAUGAUGCUGUCCUCUUCGAUCGUAGCUGCUGGACUGUACGGCAGCCCCUCACUAGUGCUUGCGGCAACUGCAGCGGAAGAAGCGACAAAAACAGCAGCUGAGGGCGGCAGUGCAAACAUUGCCAAGUUCGAGCCCAUGGAUGCGCUCAAGGGCAAGGAUUACGGCAAGCCCCGCAUGACGUACAAGGACUACACCACGACCCCCUCGGGCCUCCAGUACCAGGACCUGAAGCUCGGUUCCGGGGAGAGCCCGGUGGCAGGGGACACCGUUGUGGUGGACUGGGACGGCUACACGAUUGGCUACUACGGGCGGCCCUUCGAGGCACGCAACAAGCCCAAGGGUAGCUCCUUCUCCGGCGACAACAAGGACUUCUUCCGCUUCGUGCUGGGCCAGGGCAGGGUCAUCCCGGCCUUCGAGGAGGCGGUGGCCAGCAUGAAGCCCGGCGGCAUCCGCCGCAUCAUCGUGCCCGUGGAGCUGGGCUACCCGGUGGGGGGGCCGGAGGGCGGCAGGGGCGGCGCGGCGGCAGCAGCAGGCGGCGACUGGCGGCGACUGGGGCCGCGUCCCUCCACCUUUGCGGGCGAGCGGGCGCUUGACUUUGUGUUGUCGAAUCGCGGCAUGAUUGACAAGACGCUGCUGUUUGAUGUGGAGCUGGUGCGGGUGGUGCAUGGCACGCAGCAGCAGUGAAGGGCGGGGUGGGGGUAAGCAUUGGUAAGGAGUAGCAGAUGGCGGGGGCGACGGAGGCAGUGGCGAGAAGGGCGCAGUAGUAGCCAUGAGAUGGAGGAGUGGUAACACAGGAAAGGACUGCGGGUGCAGCUGUGUGUGUAUGAAGCAUGUGAGCCGCGUAAAUUGUACCGACCAUGGCCGCCGCCGAGGAAAGAUGCACUGGCGGUUGUCAGAUGUGUGUGCAGGACAGUCGGAGAGUAGCAAGCUUGGUAGCGGUACUUGUGGCGGGAGGGGUUGCGCUGUCGGCAUGGUGAGAGCAGCAGCCGGGGGGGAGCGGAGAUAGCGGAGGCGCACUGUAUGGCUGCUGGAGGGCAUUGUCAGUGAUGAGUGGCUGCAUCAGCAGCUGGGUGGCUACGUUGGUGGUAAAGAGCGAGCGGGAAGAGAAACCAGGGUACGGUAGAUCGAGGAAAGUAUGAAGCAGGUGGGUGCGCUGCUCAGGAGGCGGGCUACUUGUGGGCUGAUGGCUGGAGGGAUACAGUCGACGUGUGGAGAGUUAUGGAGGACUUAUUCGAGGGUAGAGGUGGUGUUACUGGUACCAGGAGGGGACCGCAUGGAGGGAGAGAUGGAGGGAAUGUGAGGGGAGGGCGGCGAAGAGGAGGAGAAGAAGGAGAGCAAGAGGAAUGGGUUGGAGAGGAGCGACGUGUGGUUGGAACCCAUUCAGUGCGUGUGUGCCUUUGCGUUUCGCACCCCUAGAGCACUUUCUGGAGGGAACCGGCGUGAGGAGCCCUGCGACAGUGCUGUUUACGUUUUCAAGUGACCAUGAAAGAGAAGAGCACGAGUAGGAGGAUGCGCGGACGAUGGAGAGAGUAUGUUCUUACUGUAUGUGCCGUUAUGUGCACAAGAAGGAGUGCUGCUAGUACCGGAACACGUUGAGAGUGGCUGGUGACGUGCCGGCGUAAGGUCUGUGAUGCAGACCCAUGGGUCAUUUGUCACAACUAUGCACAGGAGUGCACGGGCUGUAACUUGCCCGUCCUUCCCGAGUCGUCGCGUUCCCCCACCCCAUUGCCCUGAUGCUGAUGGGAAACAACUGGGAAAGAACAAUGGGCAAGGUCCAGGCUUUACAAGGCCUGGUCUCUCGGACGAAAUACGCUUCUUGCUCUGCUGGUAUCUAAUAAUGCCAUUUCUGUAUCUACCAACGGCAGGUGAACUCAUGCGCUGAAUACCGCUCGAAGCCUUGGAUAAUCCAUAGCAGCAGGCGCCAC